UAGCCCCUAUAUCGUACCUUUUGGCUCAGCAUCCAGUAGCCAUAAGUUGUGAUGGAUAUUGCGAGAGUCCUGAAUACUUUCCGCUUUCUCCGUAUCCAGACCACGAUGCGUGCUUCUAUCGAUAUGCAUAAGUGCUAAGUUGUAGCCUUCAAUACAGGAUACACCUCGUACCCGUUUCAUCGAUUGAUUCUAGGACAAGAAAUUCUGGUUUAUUAGGGUGAACAAUUUCUUCUCCUUUCAGUAAAAUAAUUAAGCUAGUCUGGAUUAUAUCCCACAUUGGGCUCAUAAUAUCAAUGAAGGUAAAUUCAGUGGACUUGCCAAUUCUUUGAAACCUCCCAAUCGUCUAGCAACCCCAAUUCAUUGGAAUUAUAUAGGGAGCCUAAUUUUACCUUCAUUGUUGCCAUUCAGAUCAUCAUUGUUCUAGAAAGCAUAGUAAAAUGAUGAACUUCGAUGGUGAAGAUGGCAUUUCCAUCGAUGAAGUGUAGGCCGGGACAACAUAGAAUGCAACUAGAUCAUUGUUGCCCGUCACGUCAAAAUUUGUAUAAACAUAGUCAAUGAAAUUUGAUCUAAUGAGAGGAGUUUUGAUUACAGCUCGAUCCUUCUCAAUAAACGCAAUCAUAAAUUCCUAGCCACAGACCUCGCAUCGAGCUAGUCUGAACAGGGAAAGUAGUCUCUGAUAGGUCGUAUUACACGAGUGGAAAAUCAACCUCGCUUCGCAAUGUAGGGAUCAGGAGAAUACUCUCUCAUUGGCCCGUUCCUGCGGUUCAUUCAUUUGUGGAUGCUUACUUCUCAAAUUGAGCUCUCAUGUACAUCAAAACGCGUAGCAAGAGCUUCGUAUCUCGGAUUUUGGAGAUUAAUGUUCAUGGAUUUUACAAAAGACUGGCCACUGGUCAUGGCGAUAAUCUCAUCAGAAUGCGUGCUAUUCACUCGGGCGUUGAAACAAACAACGGGAAACGAUACGAGAAAAAUCUAUAUAACUUGCUGUUCACCCUCUAGUUGUGGUUGAAUCUAAAUUAUCAAGACCAAUCUCAUUCAGAAACCAUCCAUAUCUAAGAAUAAUCAUUUUUACUCAUCACUCACCACCAUCCAACAACUAUUCCCGAGACAAGAUGGCAGCUGCAGUUGUGACACAACCUCAUAAUCUUCUGCUCCUCGUUACUGCCGAGACAUGUCGAGGUAGUACUUAUACUGUUACCGGCGCUAACACCAGUCUCGGGCUUGAAGCUGCUAGACACCUUGUUCGGCUGGGCUCUGCCACCGUGAUCAUGGCAGUACGUGACCCGGCUUUCGGUCUUCGCGCUCUGGCUGAUAUUGAAUCACCAACCGGAAUUUCUGGUGUAGCCAAGGAUUUGAUGAAGAUCAAGGACGAACCGAUAGUAGAGUCGAACGCGGAAGAUAUGACUCAAAAGGCGUAUCCGCUGUCUAAGUUCCUUAAGAUAAUGGCGAUUCGCCAUCUCACCGGUCUUCUUCCCCUUCAACGAACUGGAGUUGUCAUAAACCUAAUGUGCCCUGGUCUUUCCAAACAAAAGAAGCGAUAUGGGCGAACCGCCGAGGAUGGUAGUCGCACAUUAUUGUACGGUGCUGCUGCGGGCGAAGAUUCUCAUGGGUGUCUCCUGAAACCUUGUACCAUCGCCGAAAUGUAAUACCAAGUUGGGUAACCGACAUGGAUGGCAAGAAAUCGUAGAAGAUUGUUUGGGAUGCUAUUGCAGGGGAAUCAGAGACGAUUGAGCCUGGAUACGUAGAGAAGAUAUUCGAAAGAUGAAGCUUCUGAAGCUACUCAUUGUUAGUUCUGCUUAGUUUCUAAGUACUCAUGUAGCUUCCUUAUUUUAUCAGUGGCACCUUUGAACGUAUGUAUCAAGCAGAUCAAUUUUCUCUCCACAUACAUUCGCUCAACCACCUCUAUUCUUACUAAAUUCUUAAGAGUUAUAUCCCGAAUCAUUAUGAGAGUUGGAUUCUUGUCUCGAAGUGGUCAAAUUUUCUGAAUAAGACCCUUUAAUCGAUUGCAGUAAAGCUUUGGUUUCCUUAUCGUGCAAGGCAUAGACCCAAGGAAAGCUUUCCAGCUUUUCUUGUGAAUUAGUAUGACCUUGAAGAUUGAGAACUUGCAUGGCUUGGCUUAUAUCCGAACAUAGCCGAGUGUCAUCAAGACUUUCGAAGAUUGAAAAUUUCUUGUGUAGAAGAUCUGAGCAAACUAGUCAACAAUAGAUUGAUUGGGACUUUCCCAUCAAGUCCACGC